CCCGUCCAUUGUUCUCCUUCUACACCGAGUAUGACUCCUCUUGAAGUUAUAUGAUGAAACUUUGGAUAUUUUGGUGUAAAGGAGAGCGAGCUUUUUAAUGUGACACCUGGAUGAUACUUUCUUUCUGAAGUUUGAUACUGAUGUCGUUCAUUUGGCUGAUGCUGCUGUUCUCAGCUCCUCUGGCUGAAGGUGUGCCAGAGAAGCCGAAGAGGUCUGCUCUGAACCAGUUGACCCGGACCCUCCUCAGGAAAUACGACUGUGGAGUUCGACCCGUUCACAACUGGACCAGUCAUAUCACCAUCUACAUCGACCUCAUCCUGCAGUCUGUCCUUGACGUGGAUGGAAAGACUCAGAGCAUGACAAUAAGUAUUUGGUACAGACAGAUCUGGACAGAUGAGUUCCUGGUUUGGGACCCAGAAGAGUUUGACGGCAUCACUGAGAUCUCGCUGUCGUCUGAUGCCAUCUGGAUACCUGAUGUUAUCGUCAGUGAAUUUGUGGAUGCAGGGAAGUCCCCUCCGAUCCCCUACGUUUACGUCAACUCCUCUGGAUCAGUGAAGAACAACCGGCCCAUGCAGGUGGUGCUGGCCUGCAGCCUGGAGAUGUACGCCUUUCCGUUUGACAAGCAGAACUGCAGCCUCACCUUCCGCAGCUGGCUUCAUUCAGUGAAGGAAAUAGACCUGGCUCUGUUGAGGAGUGCAGAGGCCAUUGCUAAUGAUCAGAAGGAGUUCAUGAAUGACGGAGAAUGGGAGCUAUUGUCAGUUCCGUCCCGCUACUGGCAAAUCCACCAGGACGACACUGAUUAUGCACAAAUCCAGUUCAAUGUGUUAAUCCGCCGGCGCCCCCUGCUGUACGUGGUGGGUCUCCUCAUCCCCAGCAUCUUCCUCAUGCUCGUAGACGUCAUCAGCUUCUACCUCCCUCUGAACAGUAGGACCCGCAUCGCCUUUAAGAUCAGCAUCCUGCUGGGCUACACAGUCUUCAGAGUCAACCUGACGGAUGACCUGCCCUCGACCGCGGUCAGAACUCCCCUCAUAGGUGUGUUCUUCGCCGUGUGCAUGGCUAUGCUGAUGCUCAGCCUGACUAAGUCCAUACUGGUGGUGAAGCUGCUCCACCACAGCGAGAAAGAGGUCAAGCAAUUCUCAGUGUCGGCCUGCCUGCUGGACAAGUACGGCUCGGCUGGUCAGGAGUUCACCGAGAGCGCCUUGACCUCCCUGAAAACCCUCGAAUUCAUCAACCCGUCUGAAGAUUAUGAGCUGGAUCCCUCACUGGAGGAGGACCUGCUGUCCCUGAAUGAGGUCCAACAUGCUCCUUCUGGUCUCGAGUGGCUCCUCCAGGAGUUGGUCUCCCUCCGUCUGGCCUUUUCCGAGGACGACAGGGAGUCUGCAGCUCAGGCCGAUUGGCUGGCUCUCUGCCUCAAACUGGACCUCUACCUGUUCCGCUUUUACCUGUUUGUUCUCGUCCUGUACACCAGCACUCUGCUGCUGCUCUGGGCCAGUUGGAGCUUCGCCUGACCAUGACAUUCAAAACAUGAUCUGAUUUAGUUAGAGUAUAAUCUAUAAGUGGCAAAAUCCAUCCAUCCAUUAUUUAUACCGCUUGUCCCAUUCAGAGUCGUGGGGGGCUGGAGCCAGUCCCAGCUGUCAUUGGGCGAGAAGCGGGGUACACCCUGGACUGGUUGCCAGUCAAUCACAGGGCUUAUCUACUAUCUCUUCCAACAACAUUUUUUAAAACAAACAGAAAGACAAGAGAGCAGUGUUGGCAAAGUCAGACUGGGAAUGCAGCAUGAGCCAUCAGAACGUCAGAGAGGUUGUAAAUGGGGCUGUCAGGGUUAACGUGUAAAUCACAACGAGAUCAACGCAGUCAUUGUUUUUUUUUUUUUUUGCAAUUAAACGCGUCUCAUUUUGUCCCUUUCGGUGCACCAUAGUUUAGCCACCUCAGCAUCGUCCUGCAGCUGUGGUGAUAGAAAAUUACAACAUCGCUGCGCCUUUGAAUGACUCAUCAUUUCACUUAAAAAUAAAAAAAGAAGUUCAGUAGGAAGACAGGAGCAGGAAGUAAAUUACCUUUACCUUAAGAAAAUAAAAGCAUAACAGACCUUGAAAUGCAAGUUGAUGGAGAUUUUAAAACAUGUGAUUAAAGGUUAUUAAUUUCUGUUAGCAAAUUAUAUUCAGCAAUUAAAA